CACACAACGACAACUCUCUCUUUCACACACGCACACACACACACACACACUCCCAAGACGAAGACAUAGCGAUGUGUACCUCUUUAAUAAGAGGCGUACCUUCUCGAUUGUGUUCCUCUGGGGAGAAAUUUCCGCUUCCUGCUUAAUGUUGAAGUUAGAGGAAAAGGUACAGUCGCAGGCUGCGGUUUAAAGCUUUGGGCAGAGCGGAGGCGCUCAAUAUCUCGCGGCUCAAAUAAACAGUAGCCUAGCUGCGAAGGGAGGAGGGAAGUACGGUAUAGAUAUAGCCAGUUUCUCCCUUUGUGUGAAAUAUUGUACAAACAUUUAGGCUGGAAAAAAUAACCAUUUGCAGGAGAAGUUUACGAAAGCGGGAGAAUAAUUAGCCUUGCUUUGACCGAUUUAGCUCGCAAUCCUCCAGCAUGUCGGAGAGAGGAGGGCUCCCGCGGACUGGAGGUGCUCCGUCCCCGCACUUGCAGCCCUCCAAACCGGUGACGAUCACGUCAAAUCGACCGGUGCAGAUGAACCUGUAUGCGACAUGGGAAGUGGACCGAUCUUCACCGAGCUGCGUGCCCCGGCUCUUUAAUCUCACGCUGAAGAAGUUGGUGAUAUUGAAGGAGCUGGAUAAAGACCUCACCUCGGUGGUCAUCGCAGUCAAACUGCAGGGCUCUAAGCGUAUUUUACGCUCCAAUGAGAUCUUGUUGUCUUCAGCUGGACUGACAGAAACAGACCUGCAGCUCACAUUCUCUCUACAGUACCCACACUUUUUAAAGAGAGAUGCCAAUAAGCUGCAGAUCAUGCUCCAGCGACGCAAGAGGUACAAGAACCGCACAAUCCUGGGCUACAAGACGCUGGCGCUGGGCCUGAUCAAUAUGGCCGAGGUGAUGCAGCACCCCAGUGAAGGGGCUCAGGUUCUGGGGCUCCACAGCAACGUGAAGGACGCCUCCGUCCCCGUGGCCGAGAUCCGCGUCUACUCCCUCUCCAGCCAGCCCAUCGACCACGAGGGGCCCAAGGCCAAGCUGUCCGCAGAUCGCUCCCCAGAUAUUGAUAACUACUCUGAGGAAGAGGAGGAGAGCUACUCAUCGGAGCAGGAAGGCAGUGACGACCCCAUUCAGGGUCAGUACCUGUUUGAUGAAGAGGAAGAGGUCCGCAAGAAGAAACCCCGCCGCAAACUGGCCUCCACAGCCUCCAUUGCCCGUGUUAAUCAACCCAACAUCAAGCAGAAGUUUGUGGCCCUUCUGAAAAGGUUUAAAGUGUCAGACGAGGUGGGGUUUGGGUUGGAACACGUUUCCCGGGAACAGAUCCAAGAUGUGGAGGAGGAUCUUGACGAACUGUACGACAGUCUAGAGAUGUACAACCCCAGCGACAGUGGGCCAGAGAUGGAGGAGACUGACAGUAUCCUCAGCACCCCUAAACCCAAACUCAAACCUUUCUUUGAGGGUGUAUCCCAGUCGAGCUCGCAGACUGAGUUUGGCAGCUUGAGCCGGGACAUCCUUAGUCCUCAGGGGGAGCAGCCCCCAUCGGACAAAAUGAAGCGCUCCCGCAGCCGCAAUCUGGACGAUAACAUCUCAGAGACAGACACGCUGGAGCUGAACGAGGAGGAGAUGUUUGGAGACAUGGCUCCCAGCAUCACUGUUUCUGUUCCAGAGAAGCCAAGGACUCCCAUGAAGAGCCAAAGCCUGCCCUCUCCCAGGCUGGACGGUGGCCAGACCCCCAGGCAGAAGCGCAGUACUCCUCUGAAGGAGAGGCAGCUCUCCAAACCGCUCAGCGAAAGAACCAACAGCUCCGACAGCGAGAGGUCGCCUGAGCUCGGAUACACACCCCAGGUGCCCAGGAAAGCUGUGUAUGACCAGCUGAACCAGAUCCUCCUGUCAGAUGCGGCCUUGCCUGAAAGCCUGAUCCUGGUGAACAGCAGUGACUGGCAGGGCCAGUACGUGGCGGAGGUCCUGCAGGCGCAGAAGCAGCCGGUGGUUUGCACGUGCUCCGGAGCCGAGAUCCAGGCCGUUCUCUCCGCCGUCCUCACACGGAUACAGAAGUUCUGUAACUGCAACGCCUCCGUGCCCCGGCCCGUUAAGGUGACAGCGGUGGGGGGUCAGAGCUACCUGGGGGCCAUCCUGCGCUUCUUUGUCACCCAGCUGGCCAAUAAGACGUCUGACUGGCUCGGGCACAUGCGCUUCCUGGUGGUGCCCCUGGGCUCGCAUCCUGUCGCUAAGCACCUGGGUGCCCUGGACAACCGGUAUAGCGCAGCCUUCCUGGACAGUGCCUGGAGAGACCUGUUCAGCCGCCUGGAACCCCCCCAGAACGAGGUUCUGGACGUGGCCGGCCGGAUCAGCCAGUACAUCAAUGGAGCCGUAGUCACUCACCAGCUGCCCAUCGCUGAAGCCAUGCUGACCUGCAAGCAUCGCAUUCUGGAUGAAGACUCCUACCAGAAGUUUAUUCCCUUCAUUGGGGUGGUGAAAGUUGGGCUAAUCGAACCGAGUCAGGCCUCUGCAGGGGGCGAUACUGAGGAGGGCGUGCCUGUCAGCCUGGCUGUCCCAUCCACCUCCCCUCCAUCUCACGGAUCUCCGACAGGCGGCGCAAAAGACGUGGUUGCUACCCCACCUUCCUCACCCUCCAUGAGCAGUGGGCUGGCUGUACUGGGGAGCCCCAGCAUGUCCCACGGCGUGGACGCCAUCGGGCUGCAGGUGGAUUACUGGGUGGCGUCCGGGCCGGAGAAGAGGCGGGAGGGCGAGCGGCGCGAUACGGGCUCCAAGAACACCCUGAAGUGCGCCUUCCGCUCCCUGCAGGUCAGCCGGCUGCCAGGAGGGGGAGCCAGCGAGCCCCAGCUCCUGCCCAACACCAUGGCCAUGACGGUCGUCACCAAGGAGAAGAACAAGAAAGUUCCCACCAUAUUCUUGGGGAAGAAGCCGAAGGAGAAAGACGUGGACUCCAAGAGCCAAAUUAUAGACGGCAUCACCAGACUCAUCUGCUCUGCCAAACAGCAGCAAACCAUUCUGAAAGUUUCGGUGGACGGGGUGGAGUGGAACGAUGUGAAGUUCUUCCAGCUGGCUGCUCAGUGGCCCACGCAUGUCAAGUACCUGCCAGUGGGAUUGUUUGGGUACAGCAAGCCUUCCUCCUAGGAAGCACUUUUACUCUGCUUUCGCUGCACAGCCAAUGACCAGCCAUUUCACACUGCCGCGACCAAUCAGAGCUUCCUGAGCGAAUCGGAGCCAACCAGGGAGGCGGGCCUCUCCUUUUUUUUUUUUUUUUGAUAGUUAAAGAUUUUGUUGGUAUGUUGUUUGUGUCUUGGAGGUGUGGACAGUUUUAUUUAUUUAUUUUUUUUGACUGAAGGGUUUCUUUUCUUUUUGGUUAUAUGGAACAUCUGUUUGUCCUCUGACAGCUAAAGUUCCAUCCACUGGAGAGGAGUGUGAAAGUUAUUAUUUAUUACAGGAAGUUAGAUUGCUGGGGCUGUUAUAGGAGAUUGAGAAGAACAGAACGUACCUGGCUGGAGAAACUGAACUCUGACACAACUAAAGGUCAAAGGUCAGAGGUCAACAAUAUGAAGGAGGAGCCGCUACACAAGGCCCUGCAUAGUAAGAGCCUUGUUGUGAUGGUGGAAAAAAAGGCAGGGGAGAGAGGAACCACAUUUGAUUGGUGCAAUGAUAUUGUGUUGAUAUUCUUAAAGAGCAUAAGCACAUAAAAAGGCACUUGCUCUGAAGUUGCUGUUUUCACCCUUGUUCUUUAAAUGCUUGCACUGAGUGGGGUGGUAUUUGUUGUUUUGGGGGUGUGGUACAGUCCUGCCAAAUCGUGUUGUAGUGCAAUCACAAUCCAGCUCUAGCAAUACUAAAGCGCUUAAUGGAGCUGAUUCAUCUUAUUAUAGUUAAGGAUUUAUUGAAUAUGUUACAGACAUCCACAUUAAUUUUACUACACUAACGAUAUCAACAUUGUAGUAAAAUAAAUAAUAGCUACAUGUAAUUUGUGAUAUAUAACAUCAUUUGUGACUACCCUGUUAUAUUUGCACAGAUAAGCUAUAUAUUGGUGAAGACACAAUAUUGAUAAACAUCUCUGAAUACAUAUUGAUGUAUGAUUAAUAAUCAAAUGUCUGUUGAUCAAUUGAAUAAAUCCCAUCCCUUAUAUCAGUCAUGUGCUGAUGCCAGUUUGGUCCUGCAGACACAUUAUGCAGGCUAGGUUGUAUAUAAUCAGAGAAGAUGGCUAAUAGCAGUGUCUUAACUCCUGGACAGCCAGUCCAAGUGAAUUUUCAGCUGUUCUCUAGGCCAGGGCUGCCAGACCCUGUUCCUGGAGAUCUGCCAUCCGUUAGGGUUUCACUCCAGCCCUAUCAAAGCACGCACCUCAUUCAACAGCUAUAUAUCUUGAUGAGCUGCAAUGAAAAUGCAAUGAAAACCUACAGGACAGUAGAUCUCCAGGAACAGGGUUGGACAGCCCUGCUCUAAGCUAUAUAUAAAACACAGAACACUUAUCUUCUGAAACCCUUUGCUGUUCGAUGGUGUGAAUUGUACUUGACUGAAGAUGUCUAAAGCACUUCAGAUGUAGGCUAUUUUAUGUGACCUGUGCUUACAAAAUGAUAAUUAUGUAUUGUUAGUAAGUUUGAAGUCAUGCCUUCACCUCUGUAAAAGGCUAACUGUAUCCAAUAACUAAUAACUAUAUCCCAUUACAGAGGUGUUUCUCGUCCCACUGCACCACAAGCAUGUCUUAUUAAGAUACCAAAAUUGGUUUGGCUGAACUGUGCUGGCGUUUACAUCCUUAAAAUAUGGCCCAGAUCCCACCGGUAAGUCCUUGUUUGACUAAUGAACAUUAGAAUCUAGAACAGGUCCAGUCCUGAUCUAAGAGUAUCUUCAGAGUUCAGAACAAAGGCUUGCUCACCACCAUCAAAAGGGAGCCCAUAGCCGGUUGUAAAUUCACCAAAUGAACCAGACAGUGGGCAUCGUCAGAGUGGAGAGAAUCCACUAUCCACUUGGUCCACUAUCACAGCAGGAUCUCCACUAUUUUAGUGCUGACCUGACUAAUUCAUCAACUAAUGUAUUAGUGGAUUAGGCGGAUGUGAAGACCAGGGGACUUCUUUUGACCGCACUCUGCUCUGUCAGUCAAUCAGUCAUUUAGUCCGAUAAGCUAAGCCUACUCUGUUUCCGUAGUACAACUGAGCUUGGAUUAUGGAGUAAAUUAUUCUGAAAUAUGUGGACACAUUAGGCUGCAUGAAUUGCUUAUUAAUAACUGAAGAGGAGUAACUAUCAGAUGCAGGAUACAGAGGAGAACAGGCUUUAAAUAAGACCAGGGUCCACAGUAGAGUCUGGACCAAAGGAGACCUGAGUCUAGAAGUACUGGUCAGGGUGUGACGUUCUUUCUCAUACACCCAAAAAGAGUGUGUUGAAAUUGAUCGUGGAUUCUGAUGGCAUCUGCCUGAAGAUGACCACAGAAUACCUGCUAGAACCAAAGACCCGGCUGACAGAAAACUGUAGAGAAACAGGAGAAAGAGAAAGUUUUAUUUUUCAAAGGAAGAGGGGGAAAGUGUGGAAGUGGGCUGCCAGUGUUCCGAAAGCCUCCAAGCUCUCAUCGGUGGAACCGAUCAGGACCCAAACCGGUCCAGUGAUCCACAUAAAUCAGACAUGCUCAUUUUUUGGCCUGAUUUUAGUUACCUUCAUUUCUCCCUUGUGUUUUAAAAAAAUGUAUCCAGUGUUUGGCCGUAGUCGCUAAACUGGUGUUGGGGGCCAGGGCUUCCUCUGUGUUUAGUUACGGCAUGACAUUCAGUGUUUAACCUGAAGCACAAGCUACUGUGGUUGUCGAUGUUACCACGUGUAUCAAGUGUUGGGACCCUAUGAGCAUAACUCCUGCAGGGGGUGCCGUAGGAAGUUUUCUUCUAAAUGGAUGGUCAACAAAUAGUCAUAAAUCCAUCCAAAAAAACUAAAACAAAAGACAUGAUACCAUUGUGUUACGUGACACACUUUACUAGCAAGCUAACGGUAUCUUAUGCUGUUGAUCCAAUGCUACCACAGAAAAAAAGGACAUCUGUGCUUUUUGUGUGUAAAAUCCUGUUCUGUAAAGUUCCUAGAGACCAAUGCUGAUCGGUCUUAUUGGUCUGUGGUGACUGUGGCCUUUACAUCUUCAUAAAUUGUAAGAAGGAAUUAAACUGUGUUAGAUACAAAUAUGCAUUUAUUAUAGCCAGUUCUUGUCUCCCUGACUGGGAGAGAGAGCCUUGUGCUGUGUCAAGUGUUAUUAAAAUCAGUGAAAAUAAGGGGUCUAUAUUCUAAGUGUUACCUAAAGUAUUAAGGGGGAUUUACAUUGUUAUUGCAAUUGUACUGUCGUAAUGUAACUGUCAAAUAAUGUCCAGUCAGUAGCAUAAAAUGGCUCAAGCUUCAGGCAGUUCAGCUCCACUGCUUCAGUUAGUUCUGAAGCUUUCAAUCCAGUUAAAAAACCACCUGAGACAGUUUUUCUGAAGCUGACAAGCAGAUGUUUAGGGGGUGGAGGAUUGGGGGUGGAAUGGGAUUGGUGGCUUACCCCCAUUAGAGAUCGAUGUUUUAGAUCUCUUCCUCUCUCUCACCCAAUCACAGUUGGAAUUGGGGUGACCCCAUGUGUUAGAGCUGUUUUGUGGGUUUGCUGAUCGAGCUGGGUCGUGUCUCCGCUCCUUCUGUUGUCUCAUCAGCAGAGCAUAUGGACUGUUGCCAGGGUUGUGAGAGCAAGGCUUCACAAGCCCCGGAAUCGAUGGGUGGAGCUAUAAUUUGAUGUAAAAUAAUCACUGUCAUUGAUGGGAGUCAGUGACUGAUGUCACAAUGAAGCGCCGCCCAUUGCGGGUUUCGAGGGGCCUCAUGAAAUCUCAUGGGCUCUUAUAACAGCUAGUGCUCUUUCCUUGAGAAGAGAUGAAUUGUGGGAAACCCUAUAGAACUGUCACAUUCAAACUGCUACUGAACUGUGCUGUGAGGACCAACAUUACACCAAAAUGUUGACUGAAUGAGUCGCAGGUUACAAACAUAGCAACCUUUAAAUUUUCAAGGUACAGGGAAUCUUUCCAAAACAGGGAAGGCAGAAUUUGUGAAGGAGGUAGCCCUCCACUGCCAAAAAGUAAUGUACUACUGAUUUUGAAAUGGGUGGGGUGGGCAGUUUCCUGUGAUUGUGAUAGAGGGCUGUUACUAUAAAUGUUAAGUGUUUUGUAAAAUUGUUCUUGUCUCAAAGAAGAAAAAAAAGUAAAGGUCAAAUGUGAUUUCCUUUCUGCAGUAUUCCUGCUAAUUUAAUCCUGUUUUAUUUGACAGGGUCUGAAAAUGCAGUACACUCUAUAAAUGCUUCUUCUUCUUUGGUUUCUGUCCUUUCCCUCGUUCCUCCCGAAGUUGUUCCUCCUUACCUGGAAUAUGUCCGUCUCUGUGAGAUAAAGCAGUUUUUUUCCAUGGCAAAUGCCGAAAUGAUGCACCCAGUCGUUCUGUGUAAUUUCAGUUUUCUAACCUGCUAUCUUUGAGCUGCAGUACAAAUAGUGUCAGAAUGUUUGUCAUUUAUGCUAUUUUGAGUCCGUUGCAUGAGGCGUUCAGUUAAUUUACAAAUGGCUGACUUCAGUUUUGGACAGUAAGGCACAGCCUUCUUAAGCACCUCCUUUAUCACAAUGGCCUGAUCGACAAUCUCUUGUAAUGUGACAAAUUACCAAAAAAAAAAGACUGAAUAUAACAACACUGAAUAUCGUCUUUUACUUUUAUGUUUGCUUCAAUCUUAGUUCUUUGAAACACACCUUAAAUAUUGAAGUUGUUUUUGCUCCAAGGUUCUUGGAAGAAGUAUUUUUGCACAUGCUGAUGUCUCUCCAGGCUUACGUGGCUGCCUGUUGUAAUGCUUGUACAUAUAAUACAAUCACAAAAAACAAGUGUGUGUAAAAUAGCUUUGAGUACAUUCUUGUAUUGAUUUCUUAAUAUUGAUUUGUUUUUUGUAAUACGGCUUUAUGGUCAUUUAAAAAUUGAUCACAGUUGUAAGUGGAAGUGACCUUCAGUGCUUGAACCAUCAGAAAUAAAAUAAGUAAUCUUGA